AUGAGGGAGCAGUGUUUGAAAGCCGGACCCUCGGCCUGGGGCUGGAGGGGGUUCUUCUGGACGAACGCACCGCCACAACCAAAGGAUUCAGCGUGGUCAAACGAGGCCGUUGAUCCAGAUCGGAGUUCCUUUCGGGGCGGAGGGCGGCUACAGAAAGGUUGGUUCUUGUUGGACAACUUACAGCAGAAGUCCACGGUAACCUGGGACUGGGUGUUUCUAGAACCUGAUGGCAAUGAGACACCAUCGAGGCAGAGUUGGGUGGUGAACAACGUGUACAAGGAGACGUACGUGAUCUUCCUGCUCUACCAACACGUCUUCUCUCUGCUGUACGAAGACGGGAGCAGCAUCGACACCAGGCACCGCAUGCUCCGAGUCCUCGACACGCCGCUGCUCUGCCGUCCACCCUUCCACCUGGACAAGACCAUGGAGACGACACAGAGCACCAAGGGGGGCUUCAGCAUCCGUCCCGUCCUUCACGCCAACGGCAGCCGGGCCUACGAACUUCGGCUGCCCUUCCAGAACCCGGCCGUCCGCUGGACGUACGUGGGUCAGGGUGUGGUGCAGUACUCCAUCGAUGUCAACUACACACUUACCAUCGUGCCUCAGAAAGACUCGUACUACCACCUCACGUCCAUCAAGGCACAAGCAUUAAACAUGUUUCCUCCAGAGAUCACGGCUCAGUGUUCGGACGGAGGAAUCACCUUCACCGUGGUCGUACCGCCACACGCAGAGAGUAUCUGGGAGGUGGGCGUCGGCCACGAGCCUCUGACCUCACAACUGGCCGCCCAAAGAGGGUACCGCCUUCACAGAGACUCCUUCAGGACCACGCUGGAAAUCCCGGUGUUCUCCGUCGGAUACACCUACGACGAUGUCACACUGUCAAACUUUUACGGGACAUUUCGGCUUCUUCUGAGAGACUCCAAAACGUUAGAGGUCCAGACAUCCACCUCCAAACGCUGCAUCUUCAAGACCGAGGACAUGAUAGUUUGCUCAGCAGACGGGACCAUGGCGGUGGUCACCACGCCCACCUCCACCUGGCCCUCAGUGCACCCGGACACCACCACGCUGCUGGACCCAGCUGCAAGCCCAGAGAGACGGACGCAGCCAGAGUCCUGUUUGUCUUCAAGUUGGACUCCUGCGGGACUAGAGCUCUGGUGA